AACUUGGAAAAAAUCAGAAAAUAGUGUACCCCAAGAUACAGAUUGGGGCCAGAAUAAAUUGGAUAAUUCCUCUAUUCAGAGUGAAUGGAAUACACCAGCUACGCAGCAUAUCACAGAGAAUGUAGAUUCGAAUAAUACUACUGCAAAGCUGUCUGGAUCAUCAUCAGAUUGGAAUAAACAAGUUUCUACUACUUCUGUGCCUAUAGUAAAUGACUGGAAUCCUUCUUCAGAAUUAUACCACCAAAAGAAAGAUACUACUACUUGCAUGCAAACAUCUACAAACAUGGCUAUUGAUACAUGGAGCACUCAAAAAAAUAAGAAUCAAGCAAAACAAGAGACAACAGACGGCUGGAGUGAUGUUCCUAAAUCAAGCUCAUCAACAGAAUGGGGGUCCAUGACUAUGGAUAAUUUAGGGUGGAAUGAUUCCGGUAAGAAUAAGACCAUCAAAGAGCCUGGUCGCGGUACUUGGGAAAAUGGUAUUCAUAAACUUGCAGAAGAGGAUGAAGAAUUAAGAAUCAAAUUGUUUGGUACGGAUAAUGAUGAUGAACAUGUUCAUACUGGUAUCAAUUUUAAUAAAUAUGACACUAUUCCUGUUGAAAUCAAAGGCAAUGAUGUUCCUGAAGGAAUUAACGAGUUUUCUACCUCGGACCUUGAUCAUCAUUUACUGAAUAAUAUUACUUUAGCAAGAUAUAUCAUUCCUACACCUAUUCAAAAAUAUUCAAUUCCUAUUGUCAACCAGGGUUAUGAUUUAAUGGCCUGUGCUCAAACUGGUUCUGGAAAAACGGCUGGUUUUCUAUUUCCUAUUUUAUCUGCCAUGUUUAAAAAUGGUCCACUUCAAAACCCAAAAGAACCUCCUAUUAAACGAGGCUUUCAUUUUUAUUCAAAGGCUUAUCCUCAGGCACUCAUUUUAUCCCCUACAAGAGAAUUAGCCCUUCAAAUUUAUAAGGAAGCUAAAAAAUUCUGUUAUCGUUCUUAUGUACGUCCUUGCGUUGCUUAUGGUGGUGCUGAUAUUCAACAACAGUUGCGUCUUAUGGAUCGUGGAUGUCAUCUUUUGGUCGCAACGCCGGGUCGUCUUGUAGAUAUACUUGAACGUCGUCGAUUAUCAUUCCAAAAUAUCCAAUAUCUUGUAUUAGAUGAAGCGGAUCGUAUGUUGGAUAUGGGAUUUGAACCUCAAGUGAGACGUAUUGUAGAAAAUGAAGAUAUGCCUUCUUCAUCAAAGAGACAAACACUUUUAUUUUCAGCUACCUUCCCUGACAGUAUUCAGAAACUGGCCUGUGAUUUCCUUAAGGAACAACAUAUCUUUAUCUCUGUCGGUCGUGUAGGUGCUACUUCAGAAAACAUCACACAAGAAAUUGAACUUGUUCGUGAGGAAGAAAAACGAGCACGACUUUUAGAAGUUUUAGCCAAACACAAAAAUGAAAAUGGAUUAACUCUUAUAUUUACUGAAACAAAACGCAUGGCUGAUAUCGUUUGUGAGUUCUUGAAUGAGAAUGGAUUGUCAUCUACAGCUAUCCAUGGUGAUCGUAUUCAGAGUGAACGUGAGGCAGCCCUAGCGUCUUUUCGAAAGGGUAUCACACCUAUCAUGGUCGCUACUGCAGUUGCUGCUCGUGGCUUAGAUAUUCCUAAUGUAACACAUGUCAUCUCCUUUGAUCUUCCAAGUGACAUUGAUGAUUAUGUGCACCGUAUUGGACGUACAGGACGUGCAGGUAAUACAGGAUUAGCGACGACAUUUUUCACGAAUGAAAAUCGAUUCCUUUCAAGUAGUCUUGUCAAGUUGUUAAAGGAUGCUAAUCAAAAAGUGCCUGAUUGGUUGAUUCAUAUGAGUGAAAGUCCUACUAUCCGUUCUGCUUCUAUUCCGAUUUCUUCUAACUUUGAUAGAAGCAAGAAUAGAGGUAGCAGACGCUAUAAUAAAUGGUGAUCACUUUUAUUUAUUGCUACAUCAUGUUUAUUUUACUCUAGUUGUAUGUGUGUAUGUAUGUAUUCUUUGUAUGUAUACAGUUAUUAUAAUCUUAUUUAAUAAAUAGC